GUAGACGGAUUUUAAGGUUAUGAUUAUGUAAAUGAAUACAUUUACAUUUUUCACGUGGGCCUAUUCUACUUUCUACUGUGAGUAAGUUAAGUUUUAAUGGUUCGGAAAAUCGUUUUUUCAGCCAAUAUAGAUGAUAAGGCAACUCAUAGAACCAUAAAUGUAAUUUGAACUUAUUACCUUAGGUUUAGUUUGUGAGAUAAGAAAUACAGAAGAUUUCUCCAAGUAACUUAAAACAAAGUGGCGAUUUGAGGACAUUAGGGUAACUUCAGUUACCUUGAGUGAAAACAAUCGGACUUCAUUCUUAAAUGUCCCACAUUUCAUUAAUCCGCCUUUUUAACUCUAAAAUUGUUCAAAAAUGCCGGACCAUCAGUGGAACUAUGUUCAACAAGUACUUGUUAUUAACCAAUGUUGGCAUAUCAAUAACCCUAUCAGGUGUAGGUGACAUUCUACAACAGCACUAUGAAAUUGUUACUGACAAACGAGAAAAAUGGGACGGACUGAGGACUCACCACAUGUCAAUUUCUGGCUUGACUGUUGGAAUUAUUUGUCAUAAUUGGUACAAAGUUUUAGACAAAGCACUGCCUGGACGGACUUUGAAAAUUGUUCUCAAAAAGGUUGUUAUAGAUCAAAUAAUUUGUUCUCCAAUAUGUAUAACUGCCUUCUUUUUAACACUUGGAUACCUUGAAAAUUCAUCAUGGACAGAGGUAAAACGAGAAAUAAUUAGUAAAGGUCACAGACUCUAUGUAGCAGAAUGGAUAAUAUGGCCUCCAGCACAAAUUAUAAAUUUUUAUAUUUUACCUACUCGAUUUAGGGUGUUAUACGACAACACAAUUUCACUUGGCUAUGAUGUUUAUACAUCAUAUGUAAAGCAUGACUGUGAAAGUGAAGAACUCAAAGAAAAUGUCCCUGAAGAAUCGUCAAAAAGUGUUUUGAAGGCCUAACCAGUUUGUUUUCAUAACAUCCAGCUAAAUAUGAACAAUCAUACUAUACCGUAGGCAUUUUAAUACAUAUUGUGUUAAUCUUGUGUUUUCCAUACAAGGACAUGAAGCUGUACAACAAUGAUAGGAAAUCAAAAUGGUUGAUCAGUUUAUGUUAUUUACUGAAACCAUACUUAAUGCUUCACAGUUAACUAAUGUUUAGUCUUGACCAAUCAUUGAACUUCUUAGGCCUCGGCUACAAUAUGAGUGGUGAGCAGCGCCAAUCUGACAUCGGGUCUCAUUUACUUAUAUGUAAAUUUGUUGAGGGUGGCCAUGGCCAUGAUACGUCUUAGUGGUGAGCGACGGUAAGCAGCGCCACUUAUAAUGUUAGGUCCAGAUAGAUUUUGCCAAAUUGCCGCUCAGAUGAAUCAUUCUUCAGUUCUAUUGUAAACAAUUAAUCGGUUGUACUCUUCCAUUAUCUCCUGUGCCUCUUUAUUAAAAAACUAAGUGUUUCUUUAACAAUAGGCCUAAUAAAAAAAUUCAAGGUCUGCAUAGUUUGCCAUCUUGAACUUUACUUACACCUGCUACACAGGAAAUUGUUGAGCAUUAAGAAAAUUGUUGCUUGUAUCGUAACCACCACUGUGGCUUACCUACGUUUUUUUUCAAAUGCCGCUCACCACGCGAUGCUCAUAUUGUACCUGAGGCCUUAUGAGUGCCUAAUGUAAUAAGUAUGUAGGUAUACCUAACAAGCAGAUUAGGGAAUAAAAAUAACAUUGAUCACCACACUUUCAGUAUAGUAGUUAAAUUAAUGUCAACCACUAAUAAGGACACCACUUUUUAUGAGAAUUGUCAACCACAUUUUAAGUUUUAGUCAGCAGUUUAUUUUAUGCCAAAUAGGGCAAUAUACAAUUUCAGGCCACAAGUUAAUUAGAAUACUUUAAAAAUGGCGUGUGUAUACUUAAUUUAGGCAAUUGUGUUCGUCUAAAUUUUGUUCAAAUUCAGCCCAUUAAUCACCACAUUUUUUCAUUGGAGGUCUGGUCUAUUAUGUUAGGCUAUUUAAGAGGGUCCCACCCGGCGUCUGGCAAUGCAUAAACAUGGUCCGACAAAAAAACCCUCGUGGUAUUAUUUUAGUGUUUAUCGAGUUGAAAUAAACUGUAAAAUAUUCACAGAGAUCCAAACUAUGCACUGGAUGAACUGAAACUUUGCAUUUGUUUCUUUAAGUAUUUAUAAAAUAGUUUUGAAAAUCCUUUUUCACAUAUGAUUUUAACUUCAAAAUAAUGGUUAAAAGUAAUUUUCCCCAUCCAUUGCAAGCUCUGAUAUGUUAAGAGCACAAAGAACACACGAUCAUUGGAAACAAAUUAGUUGUAGAAUGUUGGGAGAUUGUACAAUUGAGGCAUGUUCAAUCCCGAACUAUAUCUCAAUCCAUAAAAUCCGCCAUCGUGAAUUGAACUUAAGGCUGCCGGGUAGAACCCUCUUAAAUCUCAAAUUACAUUUAUUAACCUUUCUGUAGUCAUGAAAGAUUGAUUUAAGCGUUACAGUUCUAAUGAUGCUAGGUUAAAAUCAUAUUGAUUCAUAUACCUUCUAUUUAGUUAUUUUAUUUACAAAUUAAUUUGCUGCUAUUUUUACCCUUAGGCCUAAACGUGUCUUGUUUGAAAAAUUUAUCUUCAGAUACAUAGGCCAGACGGCCAGACCUAUAUCUUUUUCCAUCAAAAGCUACCUAGUUGCAAUAAGUAUGAACAUUGAUUACAUUCUGUGUUAUGGUAUUAAUCUGGUACGAUGGAAUCAUAUAACUUACUAAAAAUUUUAUUUGUUGCAUGAGCUGUGUUUGUAUUACUUAUUUUUUGGUUAAUAUUUUAACCUCAUAUUAGACCAGAUAGUAUGAUAGGCCUAAAACAAUGUAUACCAUUAAAGUAGGCCUAUUGUUAGAAAUAAAACUCGAUGAUAGCUUCAAGCAAGAGUACAAGGUAGAAUGUUAAUUAUUAUUAAUUGAAUCUAAAAGUGAAAUAUUGUUAUUAUUUGCAUUUAUUUUUGGUACAGGUAUCAAUAAAUACUUUUUGAAUGAAUAAAUAAAUUAUUCGACA